UUUAGCCAUUAGCUAUUCAUUAUCUGGUACCCAUAAAUUUUGUUUUUAAGUUUUUCAAUAAUUAAAUAAAUUUUUUACGACAACUAAUAAUUAAUGCCGCAAAAUGCUACUAAACUUUAUAAUAAUUUUACUAGCAACAAUUUCAAAUGUAUGCAAUGGUGCUAAUAUUUUGGGUAUCGUUGUUACUCCGUCUUACAGCCAUCAGUUGGCUUACAUGAAUCUAUGGAAGGAAUUGUCUUUGAAAGGUCACAAAGUAACAGUUCUAACAACGAAUCCCCAAAACAAUUCAAGUCUUGUUAAUUUGACUGAAAUAGAUUUGAGUAUAGGGUAUAAAUGUUUGCAGCAAAAAAUCGAUUUGGUUCCAAAAAAUGUUGUGGAGUUCCAACGAUUUACGUGCAGCUUUUCAAUUGAAGUGGAUGUUUUGUAUUUUAAUUUACCCCAAGUACAAGAAUUAAUUAACAAUAAACAUUUGCACUUUGAUGUAGUGAUGGCGGAAACUUUUAAACCAGAAUUUUUGGUUUUUGGAGAGCGAUUUAAAGCUCCAACUAUUUUGUUGACUUCUUUUGAAGACUCUUUUGUUAUACAUAAAGCCUUACAGAAUGAUUAUCAUUCUAUUCUUUAUCCAGAUUUAACAGCUUUAUACGCAGGCGAGCUUAAUUUUGUGCAAAGGCUUGCAAAUUUUAUAACUCACUGGAGAAUCGCUUAUAUUCAAAAACAGUGUUUUGUUCAAAGAAAAAACACCCUCGAUAAAUAUUUCAAUAAUGUUUCACUUACAAUUGAAGAAAUGAUUAACAAGGCUUCAAUGCUUUUUGUUGCUGUCAGUCCAGUUUUACUUUAUCCAAGGCCUGUAUCAAUGAGGACUGUGAAUAUUGGAGGAGGAAUUACAAUAAAGCCUUCUCAAGCUUUGGAAAAAGAUAUUCAAAGUUUUUUGGAUUCAGCCAAAUUGGGUGCGAUUUAUUUCAGCUUGGGAAGCAACGUUAAAAGUGAAACUUUAGGCCACAAAACCAUUGAAGCUAUAAUUGAAAUCCUGAAAAACCUACCUUAUUCGAUUUUAUGGAAGUUUAACAACAAUGGAAGUUUUGUUAUGCCUGAAAAUAUUAUGACUGCUCCUUGGUGGCCUCAACAAGAUGUUUUACGUCAUCCAAAUGUAAAACUAUUCAUAACUCAAGGAGGAAUUCAAUCAUUAGAAGAAGCCAUCUACUUUGAAAAGCCCCUAAUAGGAAUUCCAAUGAUUGCGGAUCAAGAAAGCAACUUGAAAAAGAUGGAGCUUAGAGGGAUUUUGAAGUAUGUCGCUUCAAGCCCACGAAUUGAUCCCGGAGAAUUGAGAGAUGCAAUUUUAGACGUAAUGGGAAAUAAAAAGUAUGUUCAAAAUAUUCGGAGAUUGAAUAAAGUCAAUUUGGAUCAGCCAAUGAGCGGGCUGGAAAAGGCUGUUUGGUGGACCGAAUAUGUCGUAAGACAUAAAGGCAAUGUUGAGUAUAUGGUUCAUAAAACGAUACCUUUUUAUCAAUAUUAUUUUUUGGAUAUUGCUGCAGUUUUAGGUUUAAUUUUGUUGAGUUGUUUAGGGAUUAUUUAUUGGCUUAUAGUAGCAAUAAGGCAAUUAUUGUUAAGUGAUAAGAGGACAAUUGUAAAAAAAAUGCUUUGAAUUAAUGAUUUAUUGUAAAUACCAAAUUUAAUUGUUCAAUAUUAUUGGCCCUUAGGAAAAAUUUUGUGAUUAUUACCGGCUCUUGAGUUGCCUAUUUAGCAAAUCAAGAUAUUACUGUGUAAAUCUAGCCAAUUCCAUUGUGUUUAUACGGAACGCCAUCUAUGAACCAUUAGAUCAACCACGGAAAUUGCAUUGGCUAGCUUCGGGUGCGUUUACAACAGAACAUUAUAUCUUUCCCUAUCUCACGUACCAAUGUCACGUAUCCACUGUUACCAGAGGUGGUAGAAUUGUACCAGAUUUGGUGCCAUUCGUUUUGAAAAAGUACGCCGGUACGACGUUGGCAUAUUUUGGUAUUUACAAUUUUCAAUUUCUUUAUUUUUUCCCAAUUCUCAGAGUCUUAGCCUACUGCCUAUACCUAGUCUAAUUCCGA